AUGCUGAGAUCGUUAUUGCAAAGCGGCCACCGCAAAGUGGUUGCUUCUUCAUGUGCCACUAUGGUGCGUUGCAGUUCCUCGUCGACCUCCGCGUUGGCUUACAAGCAGAUGCACAGACACGCAGCAAGGCCCCCCUUGCCCACAUUAGACACUCCUUCCUGGAAUGCCAACAGCGCCGUUUCAUCCAUCAUUUACGAGACACCAGCACCUUCCCGUCAACCAAGAAAACAACAUGUCUUGAACUGUUUGGUGCAAAAUGAACCCGGUGUCUUGUCCAGGGUCUCGGGUACGUUAGCUGCCAGAGGCUUUAACAUUGAUUCGUUGGUCGUUUGCAAUACUGAGGUCAAAGAUCUAAGUAGAAUGACCAUUGUCUUGCAAGGACAAGACGGCGUCAUUGAGCAAGCACGCAGACAAAUCGAAGACUUGGUCCCCGUUUAUGCCGUCCUAGACUAUACCAAUUCCGAGAUCAUUAAAAGAGAGCUAGUCAUGGCCAGAAUCUCUCUAUUGGGUACUGAAUAUUUUGAAGAUCUACUAUUGCACCACCACACCUCCACCAAUGCUGGCGCCGCCGACUCCCAAGAAUUGGUCGCCGAAAUCAGAGAAAAGCAAUUUCAUCCUGCAAACUUGCCCGCCAGUGAAGUAUUAAGGUUGAAGCACGAGCAUUUGAACGAUAUCACCAACUUGAUCAACAACUUCGGAGGUCGUGUCGUUGACAUCAGCGAAACAAGCUGUAUCGUGGAAUUAUCUGCGAAACCCACACGUAUCUCUGCCUUCUUAAAGUUGGUUGAGCCAUUCGGUGUCCUAGAGUGUGCAAGAAGCGGUAUGAUGGCAUUGCCAAGGACUCCAUUGAAGACAAGCACCGAAGAAGCUGCCGACGAAGACGAAAAGAUCAGCGAAAUCGUCGACAUUUCUCAACUGCCACCUGGUUAG